AUGAUCCAGGGCCGGCGCAUCGUGCGAACCUUCUUCGCCGUCGUCUUCUUCCUCCUCGUCGUCGGCCUCUUCCGCCCAUUUGACUCCCCCAUCCGCCCCCCACCGCAGCCAUCGAGGCCUGAUGGCAAAAUCCGCUUCAAACCCAGCAGCUUCGACUGGACCACGGUUCGCCAACGAUAUCCUGCGAAGCUGAUCCAUUCUCUUCCCACGAGCUCACCGAAGCAGUUCCCACCUGUCCAGCACCAUUUCCGCGAUUAUACACACGAUGCGACGACCGUAAAGCGACAGGAAGCGGUGCGCAAUGCCUUCGAGAAGAGUUGGAAGAGCUACAGGAAGCACGCAUGGCUUCGUGACGAACUGGCGCCGGUUAGUGGAGAAGGCAAGACGACAUUUGGCGGGUGGGCUGCGACACUGGUGGACGCGCUGGAUACACUCUGGAUAAUGGGCCUUCACGAUGAGUUCCUGUCCGCUGCAACAGCAGCAGCCCAGCUGGACUGGGCAGACACGACCGUCACCAGCGCCAAUCUGUUCGAGACCACGAUCCGACACCUCGGCGGCUUGCUCAGCGCCUACGACCUGAGUGGAGAAAGGGCCCUCUUGGAGAAGGCUACAGAGCUGGGAAACAUGCUCUACAUGGCUUUUGACACACCCAACCGUAUGCCGGGCUUCUGGCUCAACUUCAAGGACGCCAAGCGGGGCACCCAAGUUGCCGGAACGAACGAUCCCUCUGCUUGUCCGGCCUCCUUGAGUCUCGAAUUUACGCGACUGUCGCAGCUCACCGGAGAUCCCAAGUUCUACGAUGCCGUCAGCCGAGUCACCGACCUCCUCGAGCGCACCCAGUCCUCGUCCAAACUGCCCGGCAUGUGGCCCAAGCUGAUCAACUUUCGCGAGGGGACGCUAAACCACGAGUCAGGCUUCACGCUCGGCGCCCUUGCAGACUCGUUGUACGAGUACUUGCCCAAGAUGGCCAUUUUGCUUGGCGGCCAGGAACCGCGCUACGAAAAGAUGCACCGCGCCGCCAUGGAGGUUGUGGUGGAACACCUGGUUUUCCGACCCAUGAUACCGGCCGAGGACAAUCCUCACGAUAUCCUUUUUGUGGGCGAUGCGUUUGUGCGAUCUGACAAGAUUGAUCACGUCCCCGAAAGUCAGCAUUUGUCCUGUUUUGUGGGUGGCAUGUUUGGGCUUGGGGGCAAGGUCUUCAACCUCCCAGAGCACGUCGACAUCGGUGGGCGCAUCGCGCGUGGUUGUGGAUGGGCGUACGACGCUUUCCCGACAGGUUUGAUGCCCGAGAUCUUUGGCCUUGUGCGCUGCGGCUCAGUGAAGGAGCCAUGUGUGUGGGACGAGGAGAAGUGGGAGAAGGAGGGUGCCCGGGGCUUGAAGAAGGGCUUCUCCAACGCGCGCGACCCGAGGUACAUUCUGAGGCCGGAAGCCAUCGAGAGUGUGUUCUUGCUAUACCGCAUGACGGGCAAGGAGGAGCUGAGGGAGGUGGCGUGGCGUAUGUUUGAGAGCGUGAUGAAGUCCACCGAGACGAAGCUGGCGUACUCGGCUAUUGCUGAUGUGACUGUGAAGGGCGAGACACGAAGGCUGGACUCGAUGGAGAGCUUUUUUUUGGCGGAGACGCUCAAGUACUUUUACUUGAUGUUUUCGCCUCCGGACAUCAUCAGCCUUGAUGAGUUUGUCUUUAAUACGGAGGCACAUCCGUUCCGUCGGCCGAAGUAG